AGACGAUAGGAGGGGUUCAAUUGAUGGCACGCGGAGUUACCUCCAAUUCCUGUCGGCUCUCUCUCUUUCUCUCUCUCGGUCUCUUAAUACCUGAAAUCUACUUUCUAAUCUGCUUGAAAGUUGAAACAGGUCAUAAAAAGCAGCCAGGUAAAAAUAGUACCGCAGCUGAGACCGUGGUUCCUGACCAUCUUCCAUUGACGAUCCAGCAAUCAAGGGCCAGACUGCAUGACACCCACAGCCAAAGCUGAAGAAAACAACAGAUUGUCAGUCAGGC